AUGCUCCCGCCGCUGUGGCUGGCGACGGCGCUGCUGGCCGGGCUGGCCGGGCUGGGGGCGGCGGGGGGAGCCCGGGUCCGGCCCGCCUGCCCGCUCCCGGCCGGCUGCGGCUCCCCCGAGGCCGGGGACGGGGGCUGCGGCGCCAAGGCGGGCUGCGGCGGGCGGGCGCGGGGCGAGCCCUGCGGGGUCUACACGCCCGGCUGCGGCCGGGGCUUGCGCUGCGUGCCGCGGCUGGGCGAGCGCGCCCCGCUGCACGCCCUGCUGCGCGGCAAGGGCGUGUGCCUGGCCGGCCUGGCCAGCAGGAACCGGACGGAGGGCCAGCCGGCGCUGAAGGUCUUUUCUGUCUCUGCAGGUGAGGCUUGGAAGGAGACUCGCCGGGCAGGUCAUUCGACUCAAGAACCCCUCCUCUUGCAGAGCCAGGCCCCCCUGCCGGAGAUCAGCGUGGGCAGCGUCCAGCUCCAGCAGCUCUCCCUGAGCAGUGAUACCAAGCAAGAUUUUGAGAUGGGCCCGUGUCGUGUCCAUCUGGCAGCCGUUUUGCAGGAGCUGAAGGCCCCGCUCUACUUGAGCGGUGAAGAUAUCUUCAUUCCCAACUGCGACACCAAGGGUUUCUACAGGCGGAAGCAGUGCCGAGCAUCCAAAGGGCAGAAGAGAGGCCAGUGUUGGUGUGUGGACAAGAGAGGCCAUCGGCUGGAAGGCCCGGAGGAAAACCCUCUUUGCCCACUGCCGAGCAGUGAUUGA